AAUAGAGACUAAGGUACAAUGAUUUUAUUCAGCCUGAGAAGCGAGAGCUUUUUCCCACGUUUUUAUAUACUAAGGAAGUCUAAUUUAAGGUUCUUAACCCGUUGCACCGCUCCCGACUGGGGUCAAAAACUGUGACGGUCGCAGACAGCGAGGAUUAGACAAGGCCGUACAGACGUGAUCGCUGCUCACUGUGUGCUUACGUCUUAACCCGGCGCAAUCUGCAUAGCCUGCCCGCCAGAUUGCAACAGGGAGUAUCUUGCGUGAUAACGAGGUCCGCACACCGACAGUCAAAGCUCUAGCAGCAGGGUGAAAGACAGACGGCAGUAGCAAUUAUGGCUGAAGAUUUGGAGCAGUUCGUGGGGAAAUGGAAACUAGAUCGGUCUGAGAACGUAGAAGAGUUCUUCAAAGCGAUGGGUAUGAAUUUCUUUCUGCGGAAGAUGGCGAGUCGCGCGAGCCCUGAACAGAUCGUGACCCGUGAGGAUAACAAGCUGAAGAUCGUCAUCCACACGGCGUUCAUGACACGAGAGGACGAGGUGAAGCUGAACGAGGAGUAUGAGAAACACGACGAGAAGAUGGGCGCCAAGUUUAAAUGUAAAGCCCGGAUGGAGGAGGGGAAGUUGAUCGUGGAUCAGGAAAGGAUUGACGGAGACGGCACUACUCCGCCACAGAUCAUCACAAGGGAGAUAAUCGAAGGAGAGACUGUCGUUAUAGUUAAAGUGGGAGAUGUGAUCAGCAAGCGAUGGUUCAAGCGAUUGGAAUAAGACACCUACCAUAUCACGACGUAUAUAAGAUUUACACGUCACCUGCGAAUAAGCAGUAGUUACCCGUCACCUGCGAUAAGCUCCUGUACUAGAAAUCUAUGGCAACCAGAAAACGGGUGUUUGUGACUUGUGGAGGUAGAGGUGGAAUAAAUGGCUUUGGUUGUAAGGAGAAUUUCUAGAUGACGAGAAGGGAGUUCGACAGAGGGAGCAGUUAUAAUUUGGGCAAUUUACACGCUUUGACGAUUGUGUGUAAAUAUAAACAAUUGACGGACACUUGAUACUGUGGUAAACCGAGAUUAAAUAGUGCAAUGUGAAAGAAAAUGUAUGAAAACGUCGUGGGGAUUUAGAGAACAAUAUUAGGAAGACACUAACGCUGUGCAAACGGGAGGCAACUCUGGUAACUCAUAAAUAACCAUGACUUGUAAGAUUUGCUUCCCUUCGCUAUUUGUAACAGCAGAUACGUAUAUGAUUAUUUACAAGACUUCAAACACUACAUAAGUAUAGAAUUGUGCAAAACGCUUUUGCUCAGAAGAAAGUUAUACAUAUAUCUGUAUAUACA